CGGCGCGGGCGCAGGGGCCGCUGGGAGCUGUAGUCCCGGGCCAUGGCGGCGGCGGGCAGGCCCAGGCCGGGCGGCGGCCCCACGGUGCCGCUCGCCAGCGGCCGCAGCAUCCCGCUGCUGGGGCUCGGUACUUCCCACCAAGGUGGCUAUUCCCACAAUGCAGUGGUCCAUGCAUUACAAAAAUGUGGCAUUCGUCACAUUGACACAGCAAAGAGAUAUGGCUGUGAAUCUCUCCUCCAAAAGGCCAUCAAAGAGAGUGAGGUGAAGCGAAAGGAUCUCUGGAUAACUACCAAACUCUGGCACAGUGAUUAUGGCUAUGAAAACACAAAAAAGUCCUGCUUGGAGUCAUGUGAAAGACUUGGCGUUGAAUAUCUUGAUCUGUAUUUAAUGCACUGGCCUGAUGCUCAUGUUCCGGGUAAAAGCAACCGAGAGGUCCGAGCUGAAACCUGGAGAGCGAUGGAAGAGCUCUACGAGAAAGGUUUGUGUAAAUCAAUUGGCGUAAGCAACUUUCUUAUCAGCCAUCUUGAGCAACUAAAGGAAGACUGUGUGAUUACUCCACAUGUUAAUCAGGUUGAAUACCACCCUUUCCAAAGACCUCAGGAGCUGGUUGAUUAUUGUAAGAGCAGAGAUAUUGUCUUUGAAGGCUACUGUCCUUUGGCCAAAGGGGAAGCACUAACUCAUCCUACUAUCAUUCAGAUGGCAAAGAAGUAUGGCAGAACUCCAGCACAGAUUUGCAUACGCUGGAGUAUACAGAAUGGGAUUGUCACUAUUCCAAAGUCAACAAAAGCGGAAAGGAUAGAGGAAAACUGCAAGGUGUUUGAUUUUACAAUAGCAGAUGAUGAUGUUGGAAUUCUGAAUAGAAUGCAUGAUGGGAGACACGUUUCCUGGGAUCCAAGCCUUAUUGAGUGAACAAAGGUUUGAACCUUUUCCUUCUCAGUGA